AUGGCAGAGGUGAAAAGCCCAAGCAGAGAACUAAAGAAUGCUGAAGAAUUGUUUAGUAAAGUAUCACCCGUACUUUUGAAGAGCCUCGUGGAGGAGCCAACGAAAAGAGCACAUGUACCCAACCACUUGCUAGAGUCCAAGGUUUACACGAAACUUCUGAAAAAUAAUGUCCUACAGGCAAAACCUGGCAUACUGCAUUUUGGAGGCUAUCAACUAGAAAAACAACACAAACAGAUUCUGAAUCUGGUCAAUAUUUCCAAUGAGGUCAUAAAUGUUCACAUUUUACCACCCAAAACCAAAUACUUCCAGAUCAAGUAUGUGAAAAAAAAACACCACCUUGUCCCUGGCUUAGCCCUCACGGUAACUAUUACAUUUUCUCCAGAUGAGUGGCGCUAUUAUUAUGAUUGCAUCCAAGUUCACUGUAAGGGAGAUGAAACCUUGCUUGUACCCAUCCAUGCCUACCCUGUCAUGAAUACACUGGAUUUCCCCUCAUUUAUCAGUCUCUCAAAUGUUCUGCUUGGGGAAAGCAAGAAUUAUGUUCUUCCCUUACAGUGCAGCUGUCCAGUUGAUUUUGAGUUUCAUAUUGCUUUGAUUCAGGCACAUGAAGCUUUUACUAUUGAGCCAUCCUCAGGAAUAAUUCCAGCUAAUGGGAAGGUGAAUGUAACUAUCAGGUUCACACCAUUUCAGUAUGGGACUGCACAGAUGAAAGUACAGCUCUGGAUUUCACAGUUCAAUUCUCAGCCUUAUGAAUGUGUCCUCACAGGGACCUGCUUCCCAAACACGGCUUUAAACUUAGAAGAAUUUGAAAGAUUAAAUAAUCUUUCUAAGAAAGUGAACAUUCCUCCAGAAAAGACAAUGGCACGUGUAAAUUUUCACAGCCUACCAGCAAAGGCAAAGCCUCAAAAGAUGAAGGAAAUUGAAUACCAAAAUUUGGUGUUUCCAUUAGAUUUAUCAAACCCAUUUGCUGUGGCAACUGUUUUAAACCAAGAACCAGGAAAAUUGAAGAUAAAAAAAUUAAGAGAAGUUUUGGAUCAAGGCGAUGAGAUUUCAAAAACAAGACAAAUGAAGGAAGCUCUCUUUGAACAGAAAGUCAGACAGGACACUUACGAAGAAACAGCAAAUCACCUUAAGUGGCAGGUGCACCUUGGUAAAGAUCCCAUAGCUUUUAAGUUAAAAAGAGAGCUUACUGAAGAACAUCAAAAAGCAUGUAUGAAAUAUAAGUUACAUAAAGGAGAUCCCAUUGUGGAUGAGGAAUUUCAGCGACUCCAGACAGAACCCAACCAGAGACGGAUCAUCCAUAAUCUGGAAGACAUGAAAAUCAAGGCAUUUCACCCUAAUUUUGACCCACUUAUUAACAAUAUUUGGGUCAGCAGAUUCAGAGCAUUAAAGCAGUUUCAGAAAGCUGCACACAAGAUCAUAGUGCAACGACGAUUACUUAAUAUGCUAGCUUUUUAUCAUGAAAUGGAUCGAGAAGCUAUAUUGGAAAGACCAUCAUUGUCAGAAGAGUAUGCCUCCAAAUACCUCUUUCUGCCUGGGGUUAGUCAACGUGAUUUCUUGGCCCAGUUCCCUGUGGAGCCCAGCAGUGUGCUACCUUUUGCCUUUCCAUCUUACAGUCCUCCUCACGCCUCUGAUGAAUUGGCUCCUGGUCGUCUUGGACUGGUCCCAAUUAAGUCUUCAGGAGUUCAAAUCAAACAGUCUUAUUCUUUCCUUAAACUGCAGGUUCCUCAACAGUACAGAAUUCUAGGUUACCAACCCUUCUCUGUCCAGGAAGCAUCAACAAGUUACAAACCUGAAAAGCCUGCUCGAACCUUGAAACAAGGAGCUGAAGAUGAAGUUACUACCAUCGUAGCCCUUCCAAAACAGGAUUCCACACCUCAGAUUUCUGGUAAAGUCUCAGCUUUAAACAUGAAACCACCUGAAGCCUUGACUAGAGCUCCAGAAUAUGAUCAACUUUAUAUCUUUAAUCCCAACCCAGGAUUAUUCCCUGUGAUGCAUCCUUUGUCCUACCCAGAAACCAUAAUUGAUUAUCAUCUUUGCCCUCACCCCAAGUACAAGUUCACCAAAGAGCUCCAUGAUGGUUCCAGCAUUCCUCUCACCCAAAAGCAGUUUCUCCAUCACACGGACAUUAUUUCUGGUAUAAUGCACUGGAAGAAGUUCCAGUCACUGAUCCUGUCCUCCCUACCAAACACGUCUAAGACAGAGACAACACAGAGUUAUGAUACCUUCAACAAAGCCAUGCUUCCUAUAGAUGUCCCUGCCAUUGUUCAUGGCUUACCAGAAGAAGACAGACUGGAAAUCUCUGAACGUGAGCUCUGUGAACAGGAUAUAGCUGUUAUAUUGAUUCCAGAAAUGAUCCAGGUAGAAUUCCCUCUGUCGAACCACGAAGACAACAAGAAGGAAAAAGAUGUAAAAGAUCAAGGACCUGAGAAGGCAGGAGAAAAAGUGCUUGAAGAGAUGAAGAAUCUGCGGGGGAAAGCUCUCAAUCCAUACCUGAUUCUAGAAUAA